GACUCCAGAGCUUGGUGCGGUGCACGAUAGCCCAGGCACAACACCCCAUCUUCAAAGCUCCGCAGCUUUUCGACCGCAACUCCCGCUGCUAGCUUGAAGCAGGCCUCUACAAUGUCGUCGCUCGACCCCCCGACGUAUCUUACCUCGAUCCAAAACAACAUCCGUGCGCGGCCAAUAUCAUGGGAGGGCGCCGUGCGAGCCAAGACGAUCACCGACGAAGACCUGAAGAAGAUCAAGUCAAUUGACAAAGUGCGCAAGGAGCAGCGCAAGCAGACAAUCGAGGGCGAUGUUGGCAGCUUUGUAACGCUGCUGCUGGGUGGAGAGGGGUCGGAGAGCAUCUUCGAGGCCGCCGCAAAACGCCAGGACAUCAUUCACUACAUGCUGGUGCUGCUGGGCGAUAUCAUUGAUGAUAUCCCUGCGCUCACAUCGGCCCUCAUCAAGCACCCUGCGCCGUACAAGCCCUUCCUGCCGCUGCUGAAGGCUUCCUCGAACAAUGAAGACCCCGUCCCACUACUGACAUCCUCGGUUCUCUCUGGCCUCAUCUCGCACGCCGUUGUAACACCAUCCAAGGACACCACGCAGCUCGAACAGGCCCUCCCACAGCUAUACACUUACCUUUCUACAUUGGCGAAGGCGUCAGAUGCUGGGCUCCAGGAUAUUGCCGUGCGGGAAUUCUCUGCCGUCCUUCGUAGCUCGAAGGCCAGGCAUUUUUUCUGGAAGCAAAGGAAGGAGACUCUCGAUCCUUUGUUCGAUAUCCUACGGUCAGCAGCAGGGUCGAGCAAUGACCGCGAGUCGACCCUUUACAGUGGUGGUAGCGUUCGUAGCGCUGGAGACAGCGGUCUGUCUGGCGGCGUGGGACUGCAGCUGUUGUACCAUGUCCUGCUCGUCAUUUGGCAGCUCAGUUUUGAGGGCGAGCUGGUCGGUGAUGGUCUCCAAGAUGAGCACGACAUCGUCCUUCUUUACACCGGCCUUCUGCGCGUGUCGCCCAAGGAGAAGACGACCCGUCUCCUGCUCUCGACCCUUGUUAACCUGCUGACCACCAACCGUCAAACACUGUUGCCCACCGCCGUCCUCGCUCGCCUUCCGGCCCUGCUGAACAGUCUGAAGUCACGUCACUUGACCGACGAAGACGCCCUUGAGGACCUCAAGAGCCUCACAGACACGCUCGAGGAGUACACAAAGACACAGACAACCUUCGACGAGUAUGCCGCAGAGCUACAGUCAGGCCAUCUCCGCUGGUCUCCUCCCCACCGCAACCCCACUUUCUGGCGCGACAACGCUCGCCGCAUUUUGGACGAGAACAAGGGUGAACUGCCAAAGAAGCUUGCUGAUAUUUUGUCUAAGAGCUGGGAGAACGAUAAGCAGGUGUUGGCCAUUGGCUGCAACGAUGUUGCAUGCCUUGUCAAGGAAGUGCCGGAGAAGAGGCAACAAUUAGAAAAGCUCGGCUUGAAGGCCAGGGUCAUGGAGCUCAUGCAGGAGGCAGAUGAGAGCGUAAGAUGGGAAAGCUUGAGGGCUGUUGGAGAAUGGCUCAGGUACAGCUUCGAGUCCAAGACCGAGCUGCCUGUGAGGUAGAAAGCGCCUCUUGUUGAAACUUGUCUAUUGAAGCGUGUCGCGUCUUUCUGUCACUAUACAUUUGCAAGGCUGAGUC